CUCAAGCUAGCUGAAUAUGGUCGCAUUUGUUUUUUAGCCUCCAACUUUUGUUUAACUGAAUUGAAGUUCUUAUCGAAGAAGUAUGAAAACCGGCGAAAAAAUGGAGGAGGAGACAGAGACUGCAUUUGAACGCCACCAAGCUAUCAUUCCCCAGGUGAAAGAGGCCUAUGACGAAGUCAUUCAACAGAUAUUUGCGGACUUGAGUCCUUCAGAUCUGGAUGUUUGUGCAGCCAUUUUGGAGGAAAAGGAGGAUACUUGCUUGGACACCGAACAGAUGAUAAAUAGCACCCGUCGGCUCAUGACCAAGAUCGUCCUUGAUGUGAAUCAAUGCUUCUUUGCCGGCAACGAUGUGAAGACCAAGCUGACCACUUUGGAGAUGCUGAAGGAGCAGUUUGCUGCCCACGAGGGAAAGGAUUGGAACUUCAACGGUGUGUCCCCAGAAGAACUCACUCGCCCGUUGCGCAUGCACAGUUUGGCUCUGAGCAUUCGCUUUAUGGAGCGCCAACUGAAGUCCCAGGAAAAGGAACUUGAGAUUGCUAUGUCCAAAAGCAAUGCGAAUCGACAGCUUGUACGAGAUGUGCAGAGUGAACGAGUGAAAUUGGGCGUCAUAAUACAAGAGCAGCUGGCUCAGUAUCAGGAAAUGAUGCCACAAUUAAUCGCCAUAGAGCGGUCCAUAAAUGAGAUUUGAUUUAACCUUAAAAUUUAUUUAUGUUAUGAUUAUUUAAUAAAGGAAAUGUU